CGAGAAACCCACUGCUUGGUCCAACGACCCCCUGCAAGCUUUCUCCACGCCCACUGGACAUAGCCCAGAUCACCUCCUGAACGACGUGGGAUGUUGGUCGACGAUACUACACACACCAUAACUCUCGGAAAUGGCGUCAUGUGUGUGCACGCAAUGCAAUGCAGGAAAGGUGGUUUGAUCAGUGAAGAUGAUGCCGAAGAUAAAACGGUACAGUACAUUUAUAUUCUUCAGAUCCAUCCAAUCCAACCCCUAGCCUCUUUGUUGUGAUUCUUCAGGGGUCUCCUUAGAAAAGACUAAACAAAAACCAUCAUGGGCUCUAUUACUACCGAGACGACAGCGGCACAGCCGGAUAUAGGCUAUAAACCGGACUUUGAGAAAUAUCAGGCGCGAACAAAGCUCCGCCUGCAGACCGAGCCCCUGCGAGAAAAGGGUCUACCACCGGGCUUCCCACGGCAGCUCGUGUCUGAUCUCGUCUGGGAAGGAGAAGGCCUGGCCGACAAGUAUGACUGGACUUAUACUCUCACUGCCGAAGAUAUCGAGGAAUUGGAAAGGGCAUUGGCACAUUUCAAAUCCUUGAACAAACCACUUGGAUAUAUCAGCCAAGAGACCUUCCCAUUGCCUAAGCUCCACGAGACUCUUCGAGACAUCUCUCGAGAGCUGCAUUUCGGACACGGCUUCAAGGUUGUCAGAGGCGUUCCCGUGGACACACACUCUCGCGAGGACAACAUAAUCCUUUACGCAGGGCUUUCGUCCCACAUUGCACCUGUUAGGGGCCGCCAGGACAACACGUACAAUGGAAAACCGGCCGAUGUUGUCCUCAACCACAUCAAAGACCUGAGUACCACUGCUCAAAAGGCCGUGAUCGGUGCUCCGGCAUAUACCGCGGAUAAGCAGGUGUUUCACACCGACUCGGGAGAUAUUGUUUCGCUCUUCUCCCUGAGUACUGCUGCCAAAGGCGGGAAGAGCAGGUUGGCCAGCACCUGGAGAGUGUACAACGAGCUGGCAGCCACCCGGCCCGAUCUGAUAGAGACAUUGUCUCAGGACUGGAUUGCUGAUAACUUUGGAAGGCCCGGUCAACCCUAUACCGCGCGACCGUUGCUGUUCUUCCAACCUGCAUCGGCCGACAAGCCGGAGCGUGUUAUCCUCCAGUAUGCGCGCCGGACCUUCACCGGAUUUGGCGCACUGCCCCGGUCCAAGGAUAUUCCGCCCAUUACCGAAGCGCAGGCGGAGGCACUAGACGCCCUGCAUUUCCUGGGUGAAAGGUUCAACGUCGGCCUGGAUUUUCGCAAAGGCGAUAUUCAGUACGUUAACAAUUUGGCUGUCUUCCAUGCAAGGGAUGGGUUCGAGGACACUGCGGAGCAACAGCGCCACCUCCUUAGACUUUGGUUGCGUGAUCCCGAAUAUGCUUGGGAAACACCAGAGGCGUUGAAACCAAGGUGGGCGCAGCUGUAUGAUGGCGUGACUCCAGAGAAUCAAGUUUUUCCCUUGGAGCCCUAUGUCAGGAGCUCGAGCAAUGGAGAUUCGAGGACGAAAACGUAGUUGUAAAGGGCCGGAUAAUAGGAGAAACCAUACCUAAAGCAUAAAUGCAUAAAUGCUAAAGCUCGCGGUCCCCAGUAUGCGUCUCAAUUGUCAGUGGAAUGAAUGUCCACUUUCCCCCGUUGUUGGGCUAGUCUCGUCUCCAGCUGUAAUGGAGAAGGUUCGCCACGGUCCGUAGUAGCAAAUCAUCG